AGUUGAACCAGCGUUGGGAAGUUCACCUAUAGGGUUUUUUUUUGACCAAAAUGGAUUUUUACAAUCGCAGCAGUGUUCAUAAAUCGUGGUAUAAAAUGAGGAAAACCAAAUGUGAGAGGCAUUCGUUCGAAAAGUCAAUACAAGUACAACAAGACAGGGAAAAAAUAAACUGUUUCAAAAGAUUUCAUGGCUACUGCAUUUGCAACGAAAACUUCAGGCUUUCUGGCAAUUUUGAUAUGUUUUGCGCUGUGUGGCAACGGCUUCGCACAAUGUUUUAAAGAUAAAAACCAGAAAGCAUUGUGUGAGAAUAUUAAAAACGACUUGAACAAGUGCCAGGUGUUGAUAAAAGACCUAUUGCAAUGCCUUAUUGAUGAGUGCAAAGACACAUCUUUAUCAAGCAAUUAUGACUGCACGUACCCGCCUAAGAAAAACAUUUCUGGAUAUAAUGCAACAAGACUUGACAAAAGUUUGAAGAUUGAAGAUUUUUUGCAAGAAAUUUUGAAGAGGAUCGUCGUCCAUCAAAUUUACAACCACAAGAUCAGACGUCAUUUUAAAACCGUGAAAUGCUACGCAAAAACCAAAUUAGUUGGUCCUCAGCUUAACCUGAUGAUGACAUGGAUGAACAUUAUACAAAAAGGACUUGGUUUUUCAACUGCCACACAAAUUAGCAGCCCGCCAAAACUCACCUCGACUGGCGCGAAAUCGAAGAAAGACUGGUACUACGUGCGUGUACAAAUGCUGAUCAAUUUGAAUCACGAUAUUGCGGAUAUACAAGGAUAUUUCAACAAGCGUCACUGCAUCAUCCCAAAGUGUUCCACGACAUCCAAAUAAA